ACUGCGCCACUCGGACCUGGAUGACUCACCCACCUGAUAGCCUGUCAUUCAGGGGGGAUAAGUGGAGCAUCAACCUGGGGGGGGGACCCGAGAAGAACAGCCCUCCAGAGCUCGGCAGUUCGUUCGCACCCGGGCUUUAACCCGCCCCCCGACUGACCGCCUGCCUCAUAACAAAGAUCUGCACUGCCACCUGCCUCUCCCAGUCUCCCGUCGUAUGUCUGAUCCGUGAGCAGCCAUGACAAAGCUGUACGAGUUCGACUGGCAGAAGUCCAUUCCGGAGUUCAUGCAGGAAGGGACCAUCUUCGACAGGUUUGAGGAGGACCCGUUCAUCGUAGAGACCAACUGCCUGUUCAAGGUCGACGAGUUUGGCUUCUUCCUCACGUGGAGAGGUGAAGGAGGGGAAGGGCAGGUUCUGGAGUGUGCCUUUAUCAACAGCAUCCGCAACGCUCCAGCACCCAAGGACCCCAAGCUCCUGUCAUGUUUCGAGGCGACAGAGAGCGAGCUGGAUGGCAGAGUGAUCUGCAUCUGCAGUGGUCCUGACCUGGUCAACCUGAGCUUCAUGUACAUGGUGGCCGACAGUGUCGAAAUAGCCAAGCAAUGGCUGGAAGGCCUGAGGUCUGUGAUUCAUAACUUCAAAGCAAACAACGUCUGUCCCAUGACCUGCCUGAAGAAGCACUGGAUGAAGCUCUCGUUUCUGACAAACGUGAACGGCAAAAUCCCUGUGAGGAGUAUAACGAGGACUUUUGCCUCUGGCAAAACGGAAAAGGUGAUCUUUCAGGCUCUGAAGGAACUCGGACUGCCCAGUGGGAAGAAUGACGAAAUCGACCCCGCCGUCUUCACGUUUGACAUGUUCUAUGCCCUAACCCAGAAGAUCUGCCCGCGUACUGAUAUAGAGGACUUAUUCAAGAAGAUCAAUGGCGACAAAAGUGAUUUUUUAAACAUAGACCAGUUAGUCAGCUUUCUGAAUGAAAAUCAGCGAGAUCCGCGACUCAACGAGAUCCUGUUUCCGUUCUAUGAGCCCAAGAGGGCGACGCAGAUCAUAGAGAAGUAUGAGCGAGAUGAGGAGCUGAAGAUGAAAGGCCGCAUGUCAUGCGACGGCUUCUGCCGGUACCUCAUGUCGGACGAGAACGCGCCCGUCUUUCUGGAUCGUCUGGACCUGUACCAGGAUAUGGAUCAGCCACUGGCCCACUACUUCAUCAGCUCCUCGCACAACACCUACCUGACGGGACGCCAGUUCGGGGGCAAGUCCUCCGUGGAGAUGUACCGACAGGUGCUCCUGUCUGGAUGCAGAUGCGUGGAGCUGGACUGCUGGGAUGGGAAGGGGGAAGACCAGGAACCUAUCAUAACGCACGGAAAAGCCAUGUGCACCGAUAUACUGUUCAAGGAUGUGAUCCAGGCCAUCAAAGAAACCGCCUUUGUGACCUCGGAGUAUCCAGUGAUUCUCUCUUUUGAAAAUCACUGCAGUAAACCGCAACAAUACAAGAUGGCGAGAUAUUGUGAGGAGAUCUUUGGAGACCUUCUGCUCAAGCAGCCACUGGAGGGCUUCCCGAUAGAAGCCGGGCGGCCAUUACCAUCCCCCAUCGAUCUGAAGAGGAAGAUCCUCAUCAAAAACAAACGCUUAAAACCGGAAGUGGAGCAGAAGCAGAUGGAAGCCUUCAGAAAGCAGAUGGAGGCUGGAGAGAUCAGCACCCCGGCCAGCAUCCUAGAGGACGAAAAUGAAGAGGAGGGUGAUGGUGCCGAGGUAAAGGACGGAAACCCAGAACCGAAAAACGUAAGCAACCUGUCCUCAGACGAGAUGAGUGACGCCCACCUGAACAGCGUCAAGAAGGUCACUGACGACGAGGGGGUGGAGAUCUCCGAGUCCACAGAUGCCCCAGAAACCACCGAUGUGUCUGAAAUCUCCGACCAGGACAAUAAUAAGAAGGCUGGGGAGAAUGUGGAGGAUGACGAACAGGCCCUGAUUGCCUCAUACAAGUAUGUGGGGGCCACCACCAACAUCCACCCUUACCUCUCCGCCAUGGUGAACUACGCCCAGCCCGUCAAGUUCCAGAGCUUCGAAGUGGCAGAAGAAAGGAACAUCUACCACAACAUGUCCUCCUUCAACGAGUCAGUGGGCUUGGGUUACCUGAAGACCAACGCCAUCGAGUUCGUCAACUAUAACAAGCGGCAGAUGAGUCGGAUUUACCCCAAAGGUGGCCGCGUGGACUCCAGUAAUUACAUGCCUCAGAUCUUCUGGAACGCAGGCUGCCAGAUGGUGUCCCUGAACUACCAGACCCCAGAUUUAGCCAUGCAGCUGAACCAGGGGAAGUUCGAGUAUAAUGGCUCUUUUGGGUACCUGCUGAAGCCGGACUUCAUGCGGCGCUCGGACCGCAUGUUCGACCCAUUCUCCGAGACGCCGGUGGAUGGGGUCAUCGCCGCCCACUGCAGUGUUCAGGUGUUUUCUGGCCUCUUCUUGUCUGACAAGAAGAUCGGCUCCUACGUGGAGGUGGACAUGUACGGCCUUCCCACAGACACCAUCCGCAAGGAGUUCCGGACCCGGAUGGUGAUGAACAACGGGCUGAACCCGGCAUAUAACGAAGAGCCGUUCGUAUUCCGGAAGGUGAUCCUGCCCGAUCUGGCAGUACUCCGCAUCGCCGUCUAUGACGACAACAACAAGCUGAUCGGGCAGCGGAUCCUGCCGCUGGACGGGCUGCAGGCUGGCUACCGGCACAUUUCGCUGCGGAAUGAGGGCAACAAGCCGCUCUCCCUGCCCACCAUCUUCUGCAACAUCGUGCUCAAGACGUACGUGCCAGAUGGAUUCGGAGAGAUCGUGGAUGCCCUCUCAGACCCGAAGAAGUUUCUGUCCAUCACGGAGAAGAGAGCCGACCAGAUGAGGGCCAUGGGCAUCGAAACGAGCGACAUCGCAGAUGUGCCAAACGAUAGCUCAAAGAACGACAAGAAAGGAAAGGCGAAUCAGGCCAACGCAAUUCCGCAGAGUGGCUCCGAGUUGGGACAGACCUCCAUGUCAGGGCAGUCCAACAUCAGCGAAGCCAAGAAAGACGGCGCGCUCAUACCUCAGGUGAACAUCGAGGACCUGAAGCAGAUGAAGACAUAUCUGAAGCUGAUUAAGAAGCAACAGAAGGAGCUGAGCACUUUGAAGAAGAAGCACGCCAAGGACAAUAGUGCCAUGCAGAAGUGCCACUGUACCCAGGUGGACAAGAUGGUGGCUCAGCAUGAUAAGGAGAAACUUACCUGCGAGAAGCUUCUGGAGAAAGCCAUCAAGAAGAAAGGAGAAAACAACUGCCAGGAGCUGAAGAAGGAGGUGGAAAUCAAGGUCCAGGAGCUGACGUCCAACCACAAAGCCAAGGUGAAGGACAUCGUCGCCCAGCAGACCAAGGAGUGGUCAGAGAUGAUCAACUCCCACAGCAUGGAGGAGCAGGAGCUGAAGGACCAGCAUGUGCUACAGCAGUGUGAGCACCUCAAGAAGCUCAUGCUGGCCGUGCAGGAGCAGCAGACACAGAACCUCAAGCUGAUCCACGAGAGGCAGAGCAAAGAGAUGCGGGCUAACCAGGCCAAGACAUCCAUGGAGAACAGCAAAGCCAUCAGCCAGGACAAAAGCAUCAAGAACAAGGCCGAGCGAGAGAGGAGAGUUCGAGAGCUAAACAGCAGCAACACCAAAAAAUUCCUUGAAGAAAGGAAAAGGCUCGCCAUGAAGCAGUCGAAGGAGAUGGACCAGCUGGAGAAGACCCAACUGGAGCAGCUUGAGAACCUGGAGAAACUCAAUGAGCAGCUUAAGAAUUCACACCAUGCAAAUUCUCAGUGCCCAGGCCAAGGACAUGCAGCAGAUGGUGAAGCUGGAAGCAGCGAUGGACCGGAGGCCAGCCACAGUGGUGUGAACUCCUCAGCCGACUGAGGGGGGCAGGGGGCCUUUUGUGGACAGACACCCUCUGACGUGAUACUUAAGCUCUCCGAGCUGUGCGCCCCCCCCAACUCCCCCGUCCUCAAAGAGGCAACAGCGUUACCCCAAGCGAUGGGAUCCGCCCCCACAUGGCCCGCCCAUCGCCACUCACCUUUUUCUAUUUAGUUUUUUCUAACAACAGCAUAGCCUGCGAUUUGUCUGACAUGCUGUAAUUUUAGAUACUGUCCCACUGUUUAUGCCAAUCAAAAUUAUUAGAUCCGAUGUAUUAACGUGUAUUUCUACAUUUUUAUUUGUAUUUUAAUAGUAUGAGACAGAAGGAGAGUAAACAUCUGUCAGUCACAAUGGCGUGGCGGCCAGGGAGUGUAAGUAUUACGUCAUGGGCACUUCAGUGACGAGUGUGUUUUAAGGUAGUCCAAGAAAUGUAGCAGUGCCCUUCCACAUACCUCCGUCCAUCUCUCGACCCUAAAGUACCGUGGGUUUGAGUGGUGGGGGGAGCUGGGGGGGGGCAGCCUGUCCGCUGGCUGUAGAGACCGACAGAGCUGCUGCCUUCCGGACUUUGAAAACCAAUAUCGCAAUAGCAAUGCCAUCUUCUCACCUUUUAAAAAGUAUAUUGUUUAACUUUUAGGAUAAUUUCGAAAACACGAUCAGCUAAGCUGCUGUUGUAGGGUACCAUCCAUCCAUCACCCAUUUUUCCACUUCCUGUCCUGGACAGAAUCAUGGGGGGGAGGGUUGCUGAAACCUAUGUCAGGCAUCAUAGGACACAGGGCUGGAAUCGGAUCGGAUACCAGUUACUGGAGUAUCAGUUUAUUUUGUCAUUAACGAGGUUUGGAGAUUCAGCCACAGAUCCAGCAGAAAUCGGACGUCCAGUCUGUUCGUUUCCUUCUGUUGCUCAUGAUGAACCUUCAGCCUGUGUUCUCAUCGAUUCUGUUGGGUAGAGAUUGGAUGGUGUGGGACUGUUAGGACUGGUUAGUGCUCAUCAUCUGAUCAUCCUCACUAAGUACCUCAUUAAGACCUCAUUAAGUGUCACCCGCAGCAAGUGAUUUUAUCCUUUCAUUUCAGAUUAAAGAAUCAGCUCGGCUGUGUAUUUCAUCACAUGAAUGGCUUUACUGGGUAUUUGUCCUGUCUGAAAUGAAUAGUUGCCAAAUUCAGUACUAUUGGCCAUGAGUUCUGUGUGUAUUUACUGGGGCUUAUGCUACUUAAAGCAGUGGUUUACUUUGGAUUUCGAGGAGGCGGGACUUCCUUUUUCAGGAGGCGGGACUUCCUUUUUCAGGAGGCGGGACUUCCUUUGCAUGCCACUGUCUUCAGGUAGUACGUGGUAGUAGAGCCGUGGUUAAGGGUGAGAAGAGAGGGUUUAAUUGGCAUGUGGAGGCCAAAGGGUUUUGAAGACCGAUGCCACUAAAAGGUGACAGUCAGUGUCGAACCUGAGCCUUGCGGCCUGCUGUGGUUUCUGUCCAUCCGUCGUCAUCACCGGAAGUGCUUCGUCCAUAAUGUACAGAGGGGGGGAUGCAGUGUGACGGUUCGGGAAUUGCAGGGGAUAUUUUUAAAUUUUGGCCAGCUGUGUUAAUUUAGUACCGGCCAUCGGCACCAUUUAAAACGCCGCCCAAACUGAUAAACCUCUUCCUUUCUUUAAGGAAUGAUAUGUAGGCAUCCUGCAGGUUCUCCCCUUUUCUAUUCUGUGGCUGUAGUUCACUAAAAGACAGACACUUUAUGUAUAUAUCUGAAUGUAUGUAGUGUGUUAUUUUUGGCCAAAUGGGUUCUGCAGUAUAUCGAUAAAUUAAGGGCUCUGGGGUAAAGAAAAAGAAUGUUUGUUGCUGUGGAGAUGAGGUUCAGAGCAACUGGCCGUUUUGCUUUCCGGGUCAUUCCAUCUUCCAGCAUCAUACAGCGAUCAUACCUGUGACCACCUGUCUAAUGCGAUACUAUUAAGCGAAGCACGCAGACAUUUGCUGCAUUGCUUUCAGAUGUGCCACUCGACGGAAGUCUGGUUGGGUGUUUUGGUUAUUUAACAAAAUAUAAUGCCAAAAUAAGUAAUGUAUAUAAAUAAAUACAUAUAAAUAUAUGAAAUGAGAAUAUAGUAGAUAGUUUAAGACUCUAUUAAGGUUUGUCAUAGAGCUUCUUUCACACUUAGUGUAUGUUUUCUGUUGUGUGAUUACAUGUAACCUUUCGCUCUAUAGUUUACUGUAAAAGCAAUUAUUACGGAAAUGUUAUUGCUUUUACGUUUACCGGUUUGUUUUUAGUCUUUAAUUUUAACUUUGGCUUGGUGAAGGGACUUCAUGUGAGUGUUUUUGUAUUUGUAUUGUAUUUGUUGAAUUAGAAAUGAAGAUGUUGUUGUUAUCAUGCUACUUUAAUACUGUUUUAUAGUAUAUGUAUCAAUAAAUAAUCAAACGGUG